GUUGACUGCUGCUCAGGGGUUAAUACUCAUCUAGGGGCAUAUCCAGAAAUAAUAAAAAUUAAUUUCAAAGUCCUUCAAUGUAAUAAUUCAAAUUGUACUUUUUUAUAAAUACUGACAAAUUAUAGAAUGAAAACUAGGAUAAAUCAAUAAUACACUAAUAUUCCUGCACAUACAGCCCCGUAAUGUUACUUACAUUUAGUGUCUUUCCUUUAGGCAAAUAAUAAAAUUUUUAAAAAAUAUGCUUAAAUGACAAUGUCUUUAUUAGACAAAGUAAACUAUUUGGUCAAUUAGGCAAAAUGCCCAUGAUUGUGUGAGAGACAAAGACUUUAAAAUGCAUUCAUAUUAAUAAACAUGUACAUGAUUCUUAGGUGGAGGCCUGCCAAGAUGCUAACUACCACCUGACCCAGGAGAAGUCCACCUUCUCUGGUCAGUUAACUCAGUUAGGGCAGGAACUCCAGCUGAUGAAGACAUCAAUGGAGGCUUAUCUCUCCGAGUUCUCCACCAUGAAACAGGAAGUCAAAAACCUCACUGAUAUUACUGCUGACAUUCCCUAUUUUUACUACUACCGAGACAUCCUUGCUCAAGCAUCGUGCGCAGCCCUCAAUGCCAGAGGUGGCUGGGUGUACGCUGUCCGCAGGGUCUGCAGUGAUAAGGCUCCGCCCUGCUCAUCUGUGUGUGCCAACAGAGCACUUUCUAAUCAGGAUAACCAAGUGAAGGCUAAUGGACUGGAGUGUUUUAACGCCCUUCAUGUGUACAGUGCCCAGCGCCUGUCUCCAAACCCCAGCAUGGACACUGACACCCUGGGGCUGAAGACCCAUCGCUACAACUCAUGUGGAGGUCGACACUGUGGGCCGAACUACUGCUGCUGCCGAUCAAAGUGAAUUCUUUAAACUAGGAUGAUGACCUACCAUCAACAUAGCUAAGGACAUAUCAAUGUACUGUUCCAUUAUGUAGCAAUAAAUAUGGUUAAAUAUUCAAACUGUUGUUGCUGUGUGUGUGUAGUCUUAUGUUUUCCUGCAUGGCUCCAUGUGUUUCAAUUACAUAAUUAUUCUCUAUGACAGCAAGGAUUGCUUCUUCAAAGUUAAAUUUAAUUUCACUACAAAAUAGAAAAGCACUCAGAGAGCGCAAACCUCCACCAAGGC